AUCAUCACUGCACGUCAGUUCCAUUUUAUUAAUGAAAGUAAAACCUGGAUGGAUGCUCAGAUGUACUGCAGAGAAAAAUACGCAGACCUGGCAACUGUACAUGACAUGGAAGAUGUGAAAACUCUAAACAAAAUCUUCAAGGAUGCAAAUCGCUAUCCAGUGUGGAUUGGAUUGUAUGAUGACAGGAAUAACUGGAAAUGGUCAAUAUCUGACAGCAGUUUCUACAAAGAUGGCGAAACUGAGUUUAGAAGCUGGUUGUCUACUCAACCAAAUGAAUAUGGAUAUUUUGACUAUUGUGUGACAACAGAUUCAAAUGGAAAGUGGAAUGACAAGGACUGUAAAACAUCCUAUAACGUAAUCUGCUCUGAUGUGGAAGGUCAGAAUGUGACUUUUGUUUACAUCAACAUUAACAUGAAUUGGACCGCAGCUCAGAGCUACUGCAGAGAACACCACACAGACCUGGCCAGUGUUAGAAAUGAUUUGGAAAACACCAGGAUCAGAGAUAUGAUUCCUGGGGGACAGUUUGCCUGGAUUGGUCUUUUCAGAAGUCCCUGGAUGUGGGUGGAUGGCCUGAAACCCUCACUGAGAUACUGGGCAGACUCUGAACCUGAUGUUGCAACAGAAAUUUGUGCAGUAGCAUACUUUGGCCCUGGCUCCUCAGGGAAAUGGGCAGACUGGAACUGUGCCCGGAAGACAACAUUUGUUUGCUUUAGUGGUAUGAAGCAUGUGGUGAAACUGAAGCUGAGGAGCAGCUCUUCUCUGGAUCUUAAUGAUCCCACUAUACAAGAAGACAUCCUGAAACAGUUAAAGCAGAAGCUGGUCAACCAGGAAGAAAACAAAAGCUUCAAGCUGAGUUGGAAGAAACAAUCAGAUGGGAGCAUCUUCUAUACAGAGAAGAAAGAGGAUCUUUAAAGGGGAAUAGUUGGCCUUAUGAGAGAUUUUUCUUUUUCUUAUUCAAUUUGGGAUUAUUUUAAAUAAAGGCCAAAUUUAUCUGAUUAGUAACGCUACUUUUUAGGAAUAAAAUGACAUGCUUGCAUAACAGCUUAGAGUGUUCAUUAAAUAGGGAUGCUUAAAAUGUUAAUAUGCUUCUUGUGUGGAUCUUAUGAAACUUCUGAGAAAGUGAAAAUGAACAGAUCAAUAAAAAAACAAGGCCAUCUCAAACUGUUAAUCUGUUUCUACUUUUCAAACAAAAAUACUUACAGACAAUUUAUAGUAUCAACUGUCAUGGUUUUAAUAUGCUUAGCUGUUGGGAUUAAUGUUUAUACUUCAUUAACCGAUUUAUCUUGUUAUGAUGUAGUAAUGUAAGCUUCUGAUAUAAUCCUAUUACUCACAUGAUGGCUUAAUCAUGUCUGUGCGAAGAAACAGAAGACACUCUGUUUCUUCCCAUCCUGAAACAAGAAGGCUCAUCUACAAGAUUAUGUGCUGACUGGACGUGAUUGCUCAGCUGUGUAUCUUUGUUGGCAACUGAGGCUGUAACUAUCUGUUCCCCCACCCUUCAGUACAGCCUCAGUACUGUAACUAGGGAAACGCCCCAAACUUAAUAAAACCGAGGAGAACGCUGAGACCGGCAGAGUGGGUUGGAGAUUGUAACUGUACGGUCUCUUCCUACUCUCCUCGCGAGCCAAACCAUACUAAUUGUCUUUGUGACUUUCUUUCCCUGUGUU